GCGGGCACUGUAUCUUGCGAACGACAGAAAUGGCAACCAACUGUGCAUCUGCAUUACAGAUCACCAACCAAUGGGUGGUGGCAGCGCUGAUUGUGUUCCUCCAAUAGGAAAGGGGCAGACGGGGAGGCGUUACUUCCUGGAGACUUCAGGUGUGGUAGCCGGCGCUGCGCCCAUAGCCGGGACGGGGAUCUGAGUUGGCAGGAUGAAUGUGGGGGUGGCGCACAGCGAAGUAAACCCCAACACUCGAGUGAUGAAUAGCCGAGGCAUCUGGCUGGCCUACAUCAUCUUGGUAGGACUGCUGCAUGUGGUUCUACUCAGCAUCCCCUUCUUCAGCAUUCCUGUUGUCUGGACCCUGACCAACGUCAUCCAUAACCUGGCUAUGUAUGUCUUCCUUCAUACGGUGAAAGGGACACCCUUUGAGACUCCUGACCAAGGAAAGGCUCGGCUACUGACACACUGGGAGCAAAUGGACUAUGGGCUCCAGUUUACCUCUUCCCGCAAGUUCCUCAGCAUCUCUCCUAUUGUGCUCUAUCUCCUGGCCAGCUUCUAUACCAAGUAUGAUGCUGCUCACUUCCUCAUCAACACAGCCUCAUUGCUCAGUGUACUGCUGCCGAAGUUGCCCCAGUUCCAUGGGGUUCGUGUCUUUGGCAUCAACAAAUACUGAGGGAUGGGUUUUGGGACAGCUCCAUGGGCAUAGGGAAGGCAGUGAAACAGAGGACUAUAAAACAUCCUUCUCUUAUUCUCCAUACUGUCUUCUACACCUUGAAAGUGUGAGAACUAUACAACCUUUUCCAGACUCCCAAGAAGAGAAGAGAUUGGCAAAUGGGGCUCCUGGGCCCAGUCCUGCCAGCGGCAAGUUUCUUUGAAUCAGGAAGGCAGGUGAGGUAAGGGCCAAAUCACUCUCCUCCAUAGCAGGAAGCCAUUUGGGCAGCUUGUUCAGUGAUUACAUCUUUCCCUAUCUUCUACACCUACCACCUUUUUUGCUGUGUAUUUUUCUUAUAAUAAUUUUUUCCAGCUAUAGCUGCAGUUUAAUCAGCAGGAAGGGCAGAGAGCUGUCCUCAUAAGGCUGGGGGUAGGAAGAUGGAAUACUGACCUAAUGUAUAAAACUUAAAACAAUU